AGUGCACACUAGAGCACAGUUGCCUUUGACAACGAUAAAGCGCUCGAGAAGAACCGAAAAGUCAAGAUGGGACCCCUUCCACAGGGCAGUAGAAAUGUACACAUCAUGGCCAGUCAAGGGCCAGACAUCAGCAUGAUGAAGUUUUAUAAUACCACAAACUCCACCACCUAUGGACGGUACUAUGAGAAGUUUAAGCCUCGUCCGGGACGACACACAGGAACUGGAUAUCUGUCAAACUUCCGCCCUGCUGUGUAUUACAAUCAGCGUCUGGAUGAAGCGGACAACCCUGUCUUAAGUAGAAUAUGUGCACAGAAUUACCACAGCGUGACAGAGUGUCACUUCCAGCCCUAUAAAGAAAACUCGGGAACAGAACCUCUGCCAAGAAACGUCCACCAGAAGGGAUCGGGAUUUGUCCGACAAAAACCCAUCACUAAUCCUACUGUCAGAGAAGUAAAUGGUGUGUUCAUUGACACCCGUGCUGCGUCAGCUCCAACUGACAUCCUUCCUAAAAAUAAACCUCGGCUUCACACACUUCGACCCAAGGAUCCAGUAGAGCUGGAAAAUGAAGGAUAUGGUCCCAAGUACAUGUUGUCUGAAACUAAACAUCAGUAUGUGGGAGAACAACCUGACAGAAUGGACCUCACAAACAAAACUGUUGGCCCCCAUGAGGAGAGUGGAUUCACUCACGCCUACAAUGUAGAACCAAUUACAUACAUCCCUGGGUCUGCGCAUAAAAACGAACUACCGGGGUGGGCCACAGGCCGUCCUACCGGUGUUAGCAAAAUGAAGACGGACUUUCUGAGGUCAGAAUAUCCCAAGGGUGAUGAACCAUUACCAGGGUUGUCACAUGGUGCUGAACGCAGUACUGGGUUCACCAGAGAGAAGGCCAAACCAAUGUAUGUCAACAGAAUCAUGGCAGAUGCCUAUGACAGAGCAGAGAACAUUCCCUCUAUGAGGUUGGACAAGACAAAGAAAGUGGACCCCACAGAGUACCUAAACAUGCAGAACCCCAACAACCACUCCAGCAUCACAAUGAAGAUGUACCAAGGACAGCAGAGGCCAUCGCCAACUGAGGCUGAUCGUCUGAACAGCACAGCAGUGGGUUACAAGGAGCUGUCUGGAUACAGCGAGAAUAACGAUCGGUUCGUGGCCCAGGAUGAUGACUACAAGAGGUUCACCACUCACUACAAAACCAGAUUUGGACCUGACCCUACACCUGUAGGUAAGGAUAGGGAGGGGCACACAAGGGGAGCUGUCCAGUAUCAGAAACCAGAUGGAUUCACUAAGAGCACUGCUGUUCACGAUUACGGGCCCGAUGUCCAGUCCACCGCAACUUUAAGGAGGCUUGAACCUUAUGUCUCCAGGAGCAUAAGAGCCCGAGAUGUAUUCUACGAUGAUCACACACAUGAUAUGAAGACUCACUCUUUAGUUGUAUCAUAAGACACAGGAGGAGGGAUAGGAAUUUGUAAACUGAAUACUUAUAACCAAGGACAGUAUACAAUAUACUGCUGGUAAAAUAAAUGAAAUCAUUGCAAUAUCAGCAUCAAACAUUAUGUAUGAUGAAGUUUUAGCUAAACACAAUAUAUGCUGAUAUAUGUUAUUAAUAUAUGUGGCAUAUUUUCUGAAUAUUCUUGGGAAAUUGCUCCUUGUGAAAUCUUGCAUAGUGUGUUGAUAAACUUCCACAUUUUCCUUUGUUAUGUUAUUCCUAUGUUAUAAGCUGAAGCAGUAAAAGUGCUAUUGUAAUCCUUAGAACAACUUUGUGGUUUUCUCCAGUAUUAUCUCCCUUGCUUCUCUAGUCUGCACUAUGUCCAUACAGCCUCUUUGUCAUUUUUCGAAUCAAAGAGACUAGUGAGUGAUUGAACAUGGUUCUGGUGUCUGUAAAAUUUCUCUAAAUAUUUUGUUUCUGUCUCUGAUUAUGACUGUGAUACAUUUGUUAAAUGUUUUGAUGAUCAUGUUUUGGAAUUUGAUUCUGUUUGUUUUCCACAGGGUUUUGUAUUUGUUAGUGUCUCUGGGUCAGGAGGUGUUGCCUGAUACAGAUCAAUACAUUUAACUACCUUUAGUCACAAAUAAGGUCACUUUUACAGAAAAAUUGUCUUUGCAUAACUCCACAAUCGUUCCCUGUUGAGGAUGGUGAAUUUAUGCUUUACAUGGGGGUACACAUGUAUGUGAUUAUGUUUGUGAUGAUUUAUACAUGUAUGUGACUGAAUUUUAUGAAAUAUAUUUUAUUGUGAAAGUGUUAUAUAGGUUACUAUAUUGCAUGCUCAUUAAAACCCAGUUUAUUGAUAAUGUUUUACAAUUAAUAAAUUUUAUGGAAAAGCUA